UCAACCUGUCGGGAGAGAGCGCGCUGGCAGCUGUUGGCAGGAAGGAACUGGUCUGCUCGCACUUGCUGGGUUGCGCAUCAGGACUCUCGGAGCAAAGGCGCUCUCUGCCAAGGUCUUAGAAUCCUCCAGUCCCCCCAGCCGGAUCCCCGCAGCCUUCCAGGUCCCCGACCUCCGCGAUGGCCUCCAUGGGGCUGCAGGUGGCGGGCAUCGCGCUGGCCGUGCUGGGCUGGCUGGCCGCCAUGCUGUGCUGCGCGCUGCCCAUGUGGCGCGUGACGGCCUUCAUCGGCAGCAACAUCGUCACGUCGCAGACCAUCUGGGAGGGCCUGUGGAUGAACUGCGUGGUGCAGAGCACCGGCCAGAUGCAGUGCAAGGUGUACGACUCGCUGCUGGCGCUGCCGCAGGACCUGCAGGCGGCCCGCGCCCUGGUCAUCAUCUGCAUCAUCGUGGCCGCGCUGGGCGUGCUGCUGUCCGUGGUGGGCGGCAAGUGCACCAACUGCCUGGAGGACGAGAGCGCCAAGGCCAAGACCAUGAUCGUGGCGGGCGUGGUGUUCCUGCUGGCCGGCCUGCUGGUGAUAGUGCCCGCGUCCUGGACGGCCCACAACAUCAUCCGAGACUUCUACAACCCUCUAGUGGCCUCCGGGCAGAAGCGGGAGAUGGGCGCCUCGCUCUACAUCGGCUGGGCCGCCUCGGCCCUCCUGCUGCUUGGCGGGGGGCUGCUCUGCUGCAACUGCCCACCCCGCACGGACAAGCCUUACUCCGCCAAGUACUCUGCCGCCCGCUCCGCCGCCACCAGCAACUACGUGUAACGCGCCGCGGCUCCGCUCUGUCCCUCUUGCCUUUGCUCUUCCCUGGACUGAGCUCAGUGCAGGCUGUGACCCCAGGAGGGCCCUGCCGUGGGCCAUGGCUGCUGGGGGCUGGGGACUGGGCAAACAGAGACUGAGCUAGGUAGGAGAGCCACCUCCUGCAACCUCUCCGGCCCACUUGGACACCUUCCCAAGGCCGCCUUCUGCUAGCAAACACAGAUGCCACCCUGCUCUGGAUAUUGCGGAGGGACGGAGGUGACAGGGUGUGGCGGUGGAGUGGGGAGCUGGCUCCUGCUGGCUACUUUGGGCUCUGCCCGCAUCGGCGUUGGCCAUUGUUCCCAUUUACCGGUUCCCCACCCUGUCUGCCUGCAUCUCCUGAGACUCCAGCUGUCUCCCUGGUGUCUCCUCUGUUUCCGGACAGGCCUUGAUGUCACCUCUGGGACUGCGGCUUGCUCACCCGAACCGGCGCCCAGGAGUACGGCUGAGGCCCCGCCCACCCACCUGCCUGGGCAGUGCAGAGUGGAUGGACGGGUUUGGAGGGGAGGGGUGAAGGCAAUGUAAACAGGUUUGGGCAGUGGUGGGGGAGGGGGCCCAGCUCUGCGGCCUCAGGACUCUGCUUCACCCACUUCAGCCCAGGGCCCCUGGGCCUCUAGAGACUGAUCCCCUCUGAGUCCUCUGCCCCUGCCAAGGACACUAACCGGCCUGGGAGGGUGGCAGGGAGGAGGGGACAGCUUCACCCUCAGAAGUCCCGGGGUUUUUCCUCCGCCUUCUUUGUCAUUUCUGUUUUGUAAUUUAAGAAGAUCUAUUCACCACCGUAAUUAUUAUUAUUUUCUACAAUAAACGGGACCUGUGCACAGGAA